AUGGCAUAUGAUAUUUAUGAAGAUGUUGACGACACAACUGUUCCUGCAAGUGAAGUAAAGUCAGAGAAACCGAAAAAUGACGAAAAACCGAUAGAAGAAGAAAAACCAAAAACUGAAGAUAAACCAAAACCAAAGUUUAGUUUGGAAACUAAACCAAGUCAACCUUCAUUAGCUGGUAUGGGUUGGCGUCAAAGACUUAUGGCAGCAGGCGGUUAUGUAAAGUAA